UAGAAAUUAGGUUUUAUAAUCAUUAAUAUUAAAUUAAAUUACAUUACAAUUCAUUAAUUAUUAUCGACCGAUAAACUCUUAUCAUAUAUUGCAGAAAGUUUUAUUGUGUUUAAUUGAAAGUUAACACCUACAUCGUUAUCUCGAUGCGUACUUACUUAUGAAUUAUUAAAUGAUUAAUUACAAUGGCUACAAAUUUUGAUUCCCAGGAUCACUAUAAGUUAUACAAGUUUACUAAAAUACUUGCACUAAAGGUUGUUCAGAUAGUUGUACAAAGCAGACAGGGCAAAAAAAUCACUCAUGAUUAUUCGACUCCAAAAGGUUUCGAAGAUGGUCCACCUUCAUCGCCUAGUAAUUUACAAUGGUUUAAUUUAUCAAUACCAGAUGAACCGGGAAUUAAUACGGAUACAAAACGUGUUUUAAACGGAGAAGUGAUUGAGGCGCUUGCUAAAGUUCUAUGCAUUGAAAUUAUACUUAGGACCAACGAUGGUGAUGAAAUGGUGCUUGAAGUAUGGACUGUUAAAUUACUACCAGGAUGUGACAUUGGCUUAACAUCUGUAUCUACAAUAUACUACAGAAUGAGUAUAAUGCUUAAAUCAACUUUAAGUAUUUCAAGAAUAACACCUGCAUAUAAAUUAUCACGAUCUCAAUUAAAAGAAUCAUAUAAAAUUUCACAUAGAAUUUAUGGUGGUCAACCUAAUUUGGAUGUGUUAGGUGAAAAACAUAAGACUAUUAAAGUUAGUGAAUUGCACACCCCGAUUGGAACAAUACUUAUUGAAGUUGUAUAUAGAACAAAAAUGACUAUGUUACCGGAGGAUAGAGGCAGAUAUAUUGAACACACCACGGUGAAUUCAUGUGGAGAUAUAAUGAUGAAAAGUGAUCAUUUUCCAACGGAAAACCAAAGGAGAAAUCACAUGGAAAAGAAGGAACUUGAUCUGUCAAAACCAUUGACUGCUGGUGCUUUUGUUGAUGUACAAAAAAUUAAAGAGUUACAUGAUUCAUUAUACCAGCAGUUACCUCCUGAACCACCUAUGAGUUGGCUUCUUGCAGAAAAGGACAAAAUGGAAGAGAAAAUGAAACUGUUGACUAUACCUGAGACGCCAGAAGAAAACAAAACUGUAGAUAAUACUGAAAUAGAAGAGGUGCAGGCACAUUCAAGUAAAGCUAUUCAAGUACCAAAGACCAGGGAGAGCAGUAAAUAUACUAGUUUGAUGGACUUUCCAUUUGCUGAAGGCAGUCCAAUAGCGGACCUGGCUAAUUUCUAUCAAGAAUGUCUCCAAGCAAGGUCAGCGACUGAAGACUGGUCGGAGAUAUUAGCUGAUACCUCUGCUUCUUCAGAUUCGGAAUCUCUUGCCAAGCAAUUGAAGAUGUUUGAAGAUGCAGUGCCGGAGUUUGAUAGUAUGGUAGCAUCAAUGUUUAGCAACUCUGAACAAGGGUCUGAUCAUUCUUAAAUAAAGUAAGUAAUCUACCCAUAGGGUAUGUAUAUUAAAGGCCUAUAAAUGGCCAUAAAAAUUAUCAACACUCAUGGAGAUAUUUAAGAGGGAUUAAACUUGUGUGAUAGAAGUAUUUUUUGUGGAAUAACUUGAUUCCCAUUGUUAGAAAAUAGUGACACAUGACAAUUUAUACUUAGAAGUUAUUUUUCUUAAAUACUAAAUAGUUUAAUGCAGUCAUAAUGUUAGAAUUUUUUCGUCUGAUGUGCACCAAAUGUACAUUUAAUUUUUUACAAUACUGCAUUUUGUUGUAUCUAUAGCGAAGUCCAAUUUUACAUCUCUCUAUGUAUGUUUGACUUUGAAUUUAAUUACCAUUCUAAAGUGUUGAAUAUUUCUUCAAAUAUUUUCAAGUCUUGACUUAUACCAAGUAAAGAAAUAUACCGACUUUAAUAAUUUUUGCAUCCCAUUACUAAUAUUACAGAAGUUAUUCAGCUUGAGCUAUGAAAGUAGCUAGAAGUCAAGGAACUACUAAAGCGGAACAUAUGUUCUGGGUCCCUUUAUAUGUAACUGAAUAUACAUAAACAUUAUGUACAUUGUUAGUUUGAUAUCGAGAUUUAAUAAAAUUGAUGAAUUUUAAUUUAGAAUAGAUGAAAUUAUGUAAUAGAGCCGCGGCAGUUUUAUUUAUUUUUGGUACUAUUUGAAUAACCUUUAAACAUUUUCAUGAGUGUUUGUGCAAUUUAUUUAUUCAAUUUUAAUAUAUGUAUAACAAUCACAUACAGUCAUAGAAUAGGGAUGUAGUAACUUAAAUAUUGAUGUGGGUGUAAUCAUAAUAAUUUUCGUCCUUUACUACCAAUAUACUCAAUUCAAUAAUCAUUAUUUACUUAACUUAUUAUGUAAAACUCUGAUUAUGUUGUGUACAUAAAUGCUAUUAACAUUCUAUCAUACCAAUCUCAUUAUUUAUUACAUCAAAUCAUUUCUUAGCAUCAUUAUAGGAGGUUUGCUAAGUAAAUAAACUUAGGAAAGAUAUUUAAGUUAUAGUUUUGUCAGAGAUAUAAAAAAACCCAAAGAUAUGCUGGACAUAUGCCCAUGACAAGAAUCUUUUGAAUUCGUUGCCAGUCAGCAAAUUAUGAUGUUUUUUAUAUAUUUCUACUUUAAUUAAAUCAGCAUCCCUAAUACACUUUCAUGUACAAAACUAUGAUUAUUGUUUAUUAAUAUAUAAUUAAUUUACAAACUAUAUAUUUUAUUAACAGUAUUCUACUUAAAUAAGUAAAUGUACACAUGCAAUAUGUUUAUAGAUAAGGAUAUCUCAGCCGGUGAGUGGCGCUGCUAUCGCGGUUAGUUCUGUUAGAAAAUGUGUAAAACCUUUGGUAAUUUGCAUCUCUGGUGCUCUAUGACAUGUUUUGACAUUUUUUGACGUUGACAGGAGGGCGAGUAGUGAGAUAUCAUAAUUUAGUUUGACUUAUGCCCACCGAUAGAUAUCCUUGUCCACCUAUAACUGGUUUUUAGCAGUGACCACAGAUCUCUAUAAAUGGAUAGAUUAUGAUUUGGAAAUGACAGCUUUUCGAAUUUCCACUUUAAACGGUAAUAUCAUCUAUCUCUAAUAGUGACAAAAUGGCAAAGAUUAAAUAGGCACAAAAUAUCUCGGUUUGUAGCCUCUCCAUGUAUAGAUGUCAGUGAUAGUGACAGUUGUAUUAACACCUAAAGUUGUUUCUGUUUUUUCAAAGACUGUGAGGGAUGACAAGAUGUCAAUACAAGUGUCAAGUGAAAUUAUUAAAUAACUUGUUAAGAAACAAUACCCUGCCAUAUUUUGAGACUAUGAGAAAACCCCAUCAAGUUAAUUGUAAUUUAAUUAUAUUCGCUGUAUAAAACAGCAUUAUAAAAAUGAUCGGGCUAAGUUUUAAAAUAAUUAUAUGUAGUCUAAUUUUUGUUGCAAAACGUACAAAUUCUUUAUGAUUUACACAUUCAGAAUCGUAAAGUGUUGAAAUUAAGCAUCU